GUUUAUGUUUCAGAUCUUCAAUUAUUGAGGAAGUGGAAAUAAAAGCGAGUAGUGAGCAGAACUUGCUGAACACAUAGAGAGACAACCACAGAGACCCACACAUCAGAUUUACUCAGUCGCUCUGUACGAUCUGUAAGCGUGUUGUCAUGGUGAAGAUGUGGCUGAUUGGACUUGUGCUGAUGAAUAUAAUGAACACACAUGCGGAAUAUUCUGCACUGCAAGCAGUUCUGUCACAAAAGGGACUGGAGAAAGUUGCUCACUGGUCGACUGACUGGCUGCAGAAUGAGCUCAGCAGUAUUGAGCUCCCAGAAGUCAGAGGAGGGGUGAAUAUUGGAAUUGGCACAGUGCAUUAUGUUCUGCAUGACAUGUCCAUUCAGCGCUGUGAUUUGCCGGAGCCAUCAGUUGCUUUUUCAGAAGGAACUGGAGUAUCUCUGCAAGUGAGUGGACUCUCCAUUGCCAUCAGUGGACACUGGAACACAAAAUUUGGAGUCAUACAUGACAGCGGGUGGUUUGAAAUCGCUGUGUAUACAGUCAACCUCAACACAGUGUUGCAGUUGGGGAGUGAUGAAGAACGGCUCUCUAUUUCCACCAUCAUGUGUUCUGCUGAUGUGGGAAGUGUGCAAGUAAAUUUCCAUGGAGGUGCCAGUUUUAUCUUCCAACCAUUUGUAGAUAUUUUCAGUGGGCAAAUCGCAAACGAGAUCCGUGUACAGAUUUGUCCAGCGUUCAAGAAAGGAAUUGAUGUUCUGGAGAGACACCUAGCAGCAGUGCCGGCUGCCCUGAAGGUGGAUCCAUAUGUAUUCAUGAACAUUUCUCUGACAGACUCACCGCUGGUGGAAGACAGUGGGCUUGGAUUGAAUGUCACGGGUGAGUUUUACAGCAUCAGCUCCCCGUCAGAGCCGCCGUUUUCUCCUGACUAUUUUGACCUGACAUGGCAAGAGAACUUCAUGAUGUCACUGGGUGCAUCUGAGUUCUGCGUGAACUCGGCAGCUUAUGCCUAUCACACUGCUGGAGCUCUGCAAAUACGCAUCACUGAAGACAUGAUCCCCAAGGCCUCUCCCUUCCACCUGAACACAAGCGCCUUUGGAUCACUGAUUCCCCAGCUUCCAAAGCAGUAUCCAGACAUGCCCAUGGAGCUGCAGCUGUAUACCAGUGAGACUCCGCUGAUUUCUUUUAGUAAAACAGUGACAAGUGUCCGGUUGUUGGCCUCAGUCAAAGCCUUUGCCGUAAAGCCUGACUCCGGCACAGUACCUCUCUUCAGACUCGACAUAGAAAGCUCUUUCAGUGCCAAAGCUUACAUCGAAAAGGUGCUGGUGAAGGGAGCUCUGGAAAUGAAAAAUCUUACUGUGACUCUUGGAGCAACUGAGAUUGGACAAUUCUCAAUCACUCCGAUUGAGCGAGCACUGACGUUAGGGAUGAAAGCGUUCGUUCUUCCGAAGGUGAAUGCCCAGCUAAGUGAAGGCAUUCAGCUGCCCUUUGUGAAGGGCUUCGGCCUCAAGAACGCAGUGAUGGCCAUCGAAGAUGGUUUUGUUGCAGUUGCUGCAGAUAUUAGUGGCCCCGAUGACAACACCCAAUGAUCUGAGUUAUGAACUAUUAUCUCAUACCCAGUACCAUCAAGUAUUCCAGUAACACUUUAUUUUGAGUGGAUAUUUGUCAGUAUUUACUCUCCUAGCAGAGUAUCAGUAUCACAUUAACCCAAAACCUUAUCCUAAUCUAAAACUCAACCCAAAACCUAAUUCUGACCUUAACCUCAAUCGAAAAACCUAAUUCUAACCUCAUCCAGGCCCUAAUUUCACCUUAAUCUCAAUUUAAAACCUAAUCCUAACCCUAUUUUUGGCCCUAAUCCUAAUUUUAACCUUAAUACAAACUUAAUCACAACCUAAUUUUUGGCCCUAAUCCUAAUUUUAACCUUAAUCCAAACUUAAUCCUAACCUAAUUUUUGGCCCUAAUCCUAAUUUUAACCUUAAUCCAAACUUAAUCCUAACCUUACCCUCAACCCAAAUAUUGGUCAUAUUUUAACCUCAAUCCAAAACCAAAUCCUAAUUUUAAGGUCAAAGCAAAACCUAAUCCUAACCUUAAAGUCAAAAUAAAACAUAAUCCUAACCUUAACCCCAAUCCAAAACCUAAUCCUAACCUCACUUUUACCCUCGUCCUAAAUUUAGCCUCAAUCCAAAACCUAGUCUUAAAAUUGUCUUAAAACCAAGACAUAAUCCUAAUCUUUAGUCCCCCCUCUUAAUCUCAGCACAGCACAGUUGAGAUCCAGUUCCAGUAAGAGUGUGUGCUGAGGAUGGUGAGAUGGUGUGUUUUAGACCAGAUACCUAAUCAAAGAUUUCUCAGGCCAAAUGGAUCCAGAUAUAAAUUUAUACAAUCAAAAUGAAAAAUAACUGAAUGUUGUUACAGAGAGUCUGAUUAUUGUUCAUUUUAUUAAUAAGCACCACUCAAAAUAAAGUGUUAACUCCUUUUUUGUCAUAAUGAAAAAUGAUAUUUCAUCACAAUUUCUUCAUAGAUGCUUUAUGUUUUACUUUUGCACUAAACAGGGACGUUUACUGUUGCACUGAUCAGUGAAGAUAUAAAGUUAAAGCUCUGCUGUUGCUGUAUUUUUAUUCCUUAAUUGUUUAGAUUUUUUUAAGCUUCUGAUAAUGAAACCUAUGUUUUAAUAGAACUGGCUAAAGUGCAAUAAAGAUCACAAUGUGAAUAAAUCAAUCUGCACUUUU